CAAUUUUACUAGUGGCUAGUGUUCGCACAUACUAAUAAAAUGUCAGCAGAAAGCAGCCCCUUCAGCCGGAGCGGAAUUACGCGCCGCUCCCCUCAACCACCGUCAACACCCCAGAAUGUAUCCCAGGACCAAGGGGACGCUCCUGUAGUCAUCUCUACGUCAGACCUGCAGGGCUGGAUGAGUGCAAUCGAGCAACAUUUGAAUGAGGUAUGCCACAUCGCUAGUGAAGGAAAAUUAAACUCAGACCAAAAAUUAAGAAUAAACAACAUUUGCCGAAAAGUUGGACAUGGAGUCGCGCAAAUGGCUGUUAAGUAUCAGUCCUUAAAGCAAAAAGCUAUAGAAACACAUUCUGCAAUUCAACAGCUGAAGAAAGAACGAGACCUAACGGACUGCCUUCUUGAGAUGAAGCAGUCCGUGGAAGCUUGCACGAAACAUCAGCCAGCAAGUACCUCCUUUGCUGACAUGGUAAAGAAGGGGUCAAACAAUUUCAUUCGCCCAAACCCCUUCAGCUCCGUCGCAAUUUUCCCUAAUGACGCAUCAAAAACAAGUGACGACACCAAGACACUGGUACAAAAUAUUAUCUGCCCUGAAGAAAUGAAGUUAAAAGUUCGAAGUGUCCGCAAAACUAGAAACGGAGGAGUCAUUAUUAGCACCGAAACUAAACAGGAUAUGGAAAAGCUCAAGAGUUCGGUCAACCUGGUUAACUCGGGUCUCACUGUCGACGAAACCAACAAACGCAAACCGCGCAUUAUUAUUAUUGGCGUGCCCUGUUCCAUGGCUGAAGCGGACGUUCUCAAGUGCAUCUAUGAACAAAACCUGGCUGACAAACUUCCAACAAUGUCACGUGAUACUUUUCUGACCUCAAUAAAAUUGAGCCAUAAGUCCGGAAGAAAAAAUUUGGAAAACACAAAUUAUGUAAUAGAAGUACCAGCCGUCAUUCGUAAAGCUCUAAUCUCACAGGACAGACUUUUCAUUAACUGGACAUCAUGCCCAGUUAGAGACUUUACACUUGUAACAAGAUGCUUCAAGUGCCAGCAAUAUGGACAUGCGGCGAAAACGUGCAAAGCCGCCUCUCCGACCUGCGGCCACUGCGGGGAAGAUGGCCACUCAAUCCAGGAGUGCUCGAAGAAAGCGGACUCGCCUAAAUGUGCGACCUGUCUACGUUUCAAGAAACCCUGCGGCCACAAGACAGGUGACACAGAGUGCCCGGCAAGAAAAGCGGCCGAAAACAGGUACAUAAAUUCUAUAGACUAUGAAGGCGCCUAAGAGCGCCACAUAAUUUGUUUAUUUUUAGACCUACACAUAGUAUAAAAAGUUAGAAAUAUGGAUGUAAAUAUACUA